AUGAAGCUUUUUGGUACUAGGGCUUUGCCACUGUUGGUUUUUAUGUUGUUCAUGACAGGUUUGGUGGAGCAAGGCAAGGGCACCACUUGUCCAAGCACCUUCUUCUCAGCACUUGUUCAGCUGAUACCUUGCAGGGCAGCAGUUGCUCCUUUUAGCCCCCUCCCUCCAAGUGAGGCCUGCUGCAAUGCCCUCAGGACUCUAGGCCAGCCUUGUCUGUGUGUGCUUGUGAAUGGACCUCCCAUAUCUGGUGUCGACCGGAACAUGGCUUUGCAACUCCCCGAGAAGUGCACCGCCAACUUUGAACCAUGUAAGUGA